UUGACGAUUCCCAUUGUAUAGAAGAGUGUGUUCCAGCUAGCUAAACCGUUGAAGAUAAGCAAAUACAUAGGAAAAGAGUGAGCAGUCCUAAAUAGGCUUAGCCUAGGGGUAAUGGGCAGAGAAAGGAAUGUUGCCUGGUGGUAGAAACGAACAGGGGCAUCUUGCGACAGGUCCUCCCUGUUGGUUGGAUGGAAGGCCUUGAGACGAAGAUAUAUAUGCUCUGCUGCUUGUCCGGAUCCCGAAACAACGGUAGCUAACUCUGAACUUUGUCUUGCAUUUCAGAACUUCAACAGCACGCGAAAGAUCGUCGUCAUGGACCACGGACCAGUGGAAGUCGCAGACUGGUAUGCAGCGCUCCCUCUCUCUGACCCUCGAUGCCGCAACGACUCCUGCAUCGAGUUUUACGCGGACCAUAAUGCCUCGCAGAAGGCGAUCAGUUGGGACUCGCAGUUCCGGUACGGGCACUUGGUGUUAUGGUACUACACCAUCAUACUCGCAUUCUUCGUCGCGGUACACUUCACAUAUGUCGUUAUAGAUAGGACGCCUUGUCCUAGCGCAGAAAGGAAUCCAAGUACAUUGGACAAAUCCGUGGCCAUGGUCCGAACCAUCUCGUACCGGAGAAUACCAGGGAAGCUGGGAGAGUACUUGGGCGCUCCGGGGUUGGGUGUCAGCCUUCUUGUAUUUCUGUCGGUGCUUACAGUAACGAUCAUGGCAUUUGUGCAGCAUCCGUACUACCGCCCUUUCCGAGCGUACGGAUCUCCUCCGCUUGGUGUCCGGACGGGAUUAAUGGCCAACGCUGUAAUUCCUCUGACCGUUGCUCUCGCUGGGAAGGUGAACAUUGUCACUCUCUUGACCGGAUAUGGUCAUGAGAAGUUGAACACGAUUCAUCGCUGGGCGGGGUGGAUAUUGUUUUACUUGUCGAUGCUUCACACCAUCCCUUUUCUGAUCCAGUCGAGUUCUGCCAAAGAAGGAGGCGCUGCUAGAUUACGCAAAAAGUUUUAUGCUCCAGGUGCACUUGAGUACAAUGGCACUCCUCCCCUUGGUAUGCUCGCGUGGCUCGCUCUCCUAUCUCUUCCCAUCGUCCGUCGCCUCGCGUAUGAGCUCUUCGUUCAUACGCAUGUGAUGGCCGCGAUCGUGUUCCUUGGCCUCAUGUACUGGCACUGCGGGAACUUGGGCGAUAGUUGGGCUUAUCUAUGGGCCACAACGGCGCUGUGGCUUGCCUCGAUCCUCGCCCGCUUCUUCUGGAAGAUGUCCGCUUUCAAGCUCACGGGGCAUUGGCUUCGCGGUUGCCCGACGACAGUCCGUGUCUUGGAACCGGGCAAGAACGGAAUGGCAAGACUCGAUGUCGUCGUACCGGGGGACUGGACAUGGAAACCGGGUCAACACUGCUUUCUACGAUUUCCACAGCUUCGGCUAUUCGAUCAUCAUCCGUUUACGAUCAGCUCCCUCCCGGUCCACUUUGGUUCCUCUUUUGGAGGCAUCCAGGUGAAAGUCGAACAGGUGAAUGUGCUCACAUUCUUCAUUCGUUCGCAGAAAGGAUUCACCCGUCGACUGCUGUCCGAAGCCAGCAAGUCGCCCGACUACCAGGUUUCCGCGAUUGUGGACGGCCCGUAUGGGACGCGGAUGCGUACCCUUCAGCAUGUCUACGAGGAUGUAGUGCUGGUUGCAGGCGGUGCCGGGAUAACGGCGGUGUUGCCAUGGCUUUUGCAUUUGGCACAGUGCAUACGUGGAAACUGCGACAUUGUGACAAAGCGGGUGGCGCUUAUUUGGAUGGUGAGGAACGAGUCUAGUGUAACGUGGAUUCGGAACGAACUCAAAGGGCUACGAGAUCUCACUACUAGUGGCCAUUGUGUAGUCCAUGUCCAUGUGACAAGGAGCAGUGAAAACGGUAGCCCAACGAUCGAGGCCAGCACAGAUUUAGAGGUCAAGGAGAAGGAAGUAGGCGAAGCGAUCACGGAGGACGGGUCCAGCGGAAACGGCAGCGACUUGCCAAUCGAGAAGCGAUUUGACGGGCGCCCGAACCUGGGAGAGCUGAUACCCAAGAUGGUUGGCAAGACCCGCACCGCUGUGCUGGGUUGUGGCCCGGAAGGUCUGAAGAUCGACUUAAGCAAUGCGGUGGCUGGCCUUCAGCGGACGGUGCUUCGAGGCGAGGCAAACGAAGUCAUGCUUCACACUGAGGCGUUUAAUUGGUAAGCCUUGGUCGCUCAGAGCAUGAUAGACUCCAAGAUAUGAUUUGGUUAGGAUGUAAUCAGAUAUCAAAAUGUACGUACAUAGUGUUGUAAAUACGUGAAAUUCUCUGG